GUAUGGCAGUCUACAAUCGGCGGACUAACCAAACAGUCGACGUUCCACUCCGCUUCGCGAUUCCACUGCUCUACGCUUCCAUAGAAUCCCGCUUACCCGUAUACAUAUAGGUAUUCCCUAUAAAGUAAACGGAGCGAUCCCCAGCGAAAGUCAGACGCGUGCCAUCAACCGCGAGUGCAACAUCCCUUAGAAACUCAAGGAUCCCACAGGAUAUAUAAUAAUCUUAGCUUCAAGAUGAGCCACCACUGGGGAUACACCGAAGAGAACGGACCUGCCCACUGGGCCAAGGACUAUCCUCAAGCUUCUGGACAUCGCCAGUCGCCCGUGGACAUCACGCCCUCCAGCGCCAAAAAGGGCAGCGACCUGAAGGUUUCUCCGCUCAAGUGGAAGUAUGUGCCGGAGCACACAAAGAGCCUGGUCAAUCCUGGCUACUGCUGGCGCGUGGAUGUGAACGGCGCCGAGUCCGAGCUGACCGGCGGACCCCUGGGCAACCAGAUCUUCAAGCUGGAGCAGUUCCACUGCCACUGGGGCUGCACGGACUCCAAGGGAUCCGAGCACACGGUCGACGGAGUGUCCUAUGCCGGCGAGCUGCACCUGGUGCACUGGAACACGACCAAGUACAAGUCGUUUGGCGAGGCGGCAGCCGCUCCCGAUGGCCUGGCCGUGCUGGGCGUGUUUCUGCAGGCUGGAGAGCACCAUCCGGAGCUGGACAAGGUGAGCAGCCUGCUGCAGUUCGUCCUGCACAAGGGCGACCGCGUCACCCUGCCCCAGGGCUGUGAUCCCGGCCAGCUGCUGCCCGAUGUGCACACCUACUGGACGUACGAGGGCUCCCUGACCACGCCGCCCUGCUCCGAGUGCGUCAUCUGGAUCGUGUUCAAGACGCCCAUCGAGGUGUCCGACGACCAGCUGAACGCCAUGCGCAACCUCAACGCCUACGACGUGAAGGAGGAGUGUCCUUGCAACGAGUUCAACGGCAAGGUGAUCAACAACUUCCGUCCUCCCUUGCCGCUGGGCAAGCGUGAGCUGCGCGAGAUCGGGGGCCAUUGAUUUCGCUUAAUGAAAUGGUCAUAAUCCCUGGAUAGUCAACGGAUUCGAGUCGUAUGAUUAGCUGUUAGCUGUUAGCACCCACACAUCACAUCCGUACGCCUCGGACUGGACCGGCACAUCCCACUGUUCAAUUCUCGUCUUAGUUCGUACUCUCAGCAAGCAUACGAAUAUACCUCCUAUAUGUGCAUUCGUAUCCGCAUCCGCAUCCGUAUCCGUAUCCGUAUCCGUAUUCGCAUCAGUGGAUGUGUAGUUGUAACCUUAAUUGUUAAUGUACGCCUGUUCGUUUGUUUGUUCGUUAAACGUUUGCAAAAUGACAAUUAGAUUAAUGUUAUUAUGGUAUUAUAAAAUAAAUAUAACACGCUUAGAUGUUGCAUAUGAUGAA